AUGGAUUGCAUAAAGAGGAUAUUUAUGUUAAGUAACCAGAAGGUUUUCACGUUGCAGGCAAUAAAGAUAAAGUCUACAAGCUUCACAAUCACUAGUGGUGAUAAAGGUUCUCUGAAGCAAUUCAAGAUAAAUAUGGAAAAAGAAUUUAAGAUGUCUGACUUAGCCGAAGUAAGAUAUUUUCUUGGAAUGAAAAUCCAUCAAGAUGAUAUUGAGACUUUCAUUUCACAAAGGAAAUAUGUUUUGGAGAUCUUGAAUAUAGAAAAGUGCAAAUCAAUGGCUAAUGAAAAAUUGUCAAAGAAUAACAUGGCAAGCAAGGUUGAUGCUUCUAUAUACAAAAGCUUAAUUGGGAGUUUGUUGUAUCUUUCAACCACUAAACCUGAUAUAAUGUACUCAGCAAGUUUGCUUUCAAGAUUCAUGCAAUCUCCUAGUCAAGUUCACAAUGGUAUGGCUAAAAGAGUUUUGAGAUAUAUCAGAGGUAUAGUUGAUUAUGCAAUAUGGUAA